AACGAUAGCCCUCGGUGCAUAGGGAAUUGGAGCCGUACGGCCCGUACCUCAAACUUCGCACCUGCGCACUUCCCCUCACCACGCAGGAACCCUCACGACCGAACAUUUCAGUACGCGCGGGACUCGACGACGCAAUCUUACAGCCAUAGCGCAUCUCGCGUGCAGCCAGCCAGCGAGUAAGCCAGCGCGCCAUCACGGCCAGGCACGAGGCGACGCUGGGCGUUGACCAAGUUGGGCACUCGGAUCCUCCCGACUGGCCGAGCGCAGUUGCUACCCUGAACGCGGACCCUUGUGGGGCCUUGUCUCAGCACAGGAUCUACUGCAAGGGACACAUGCCCUGGUGGCUGCCCGACAUCCAUCUUUAGUUGCUUGCUUUUCUCGUCAGUGCUUCCUAUUCCCACAAGAGUGGCAGGCGCGCGCAAGGAUGCCUGCCAUGCUGGAGGACCCAGCCAGUCCGACUAUCCACCGUCGGUCUGGCGAGGCCCCUUUUCCAGACCCCAACAACCCUCAGCUGCCCGUGGACAUUUCGCCUCGUCAGGUGACGUUGCGCGAUCGCCAGACGGUGGCCACCAUUGUGCCCUAUGCCUCUGCUCAGAAUGUACCUCCCACGUUGCUCGCGUACCUGUGUGACCAGUUCAACAAGGAAAUCGAGGGCGGCGACACCUAUCCCAUGGUAGACACUUUCACCGUGGAAGGCUUUACACAGUACUGGUUCCAGAACAUGGCCGCCAUCAUGCUUCUAGGAAGCUUGGACAGCGCAGAUGAGGUCGUCGAGGGCAAAGACUGGAGUAAAGAGUGUCUGGGGAGCUUCUACAUCAAGCCCAACUAUCCGGGCCGCAGCAGCCAUAUCUGCAACGCAGGGUUUUUAGUCACUGACGCUUCGCGGAAUCGCGGCGUGGGCCGUCUCAUGGGCGAGACAUACAUCAUCUACGCACCACGACUAGGCUACACCUACAGCGUCUUCAACCUGGUGUACGAGACCAAUGUCGUCUCCUGCCGCAUCUGGGAUGCCCUGGGCUUCAAGAGGAUUGGCAGGGUGAAGGAAUGCGGUAAUCUCAAGUCGUACCCGGAUCGACUGAUUGACGCCAUCAUCUACGGCCGUGAUCUCAACCCGGACGAGUCCGAGGAUCUCGUCUCGGAGGAGCGCUUUGACAAGAUCAAGUACUAUCUCAAGUUCAACAAGUACCCGGCCGGGGCUGAUCGCGCGGAGAAGUCUCGGCUGCGCAGCGCGGCGACGCACUACAAGCUGCUCGAGGGCGAUAAGCUGAUGCUCAAGGACAAGGAGGUCAUCUCGGAUCCGCUGCGGCAGUACGCCAUCGCGCGGGAGGUCCACGUGCAGAAUCACGGGGGCAUCAACAAGACCACGGCGACAAUUGCGGAGAAGUACCACUGGAGCCGAAUCAAGGAAACGGUGAGCGAUGUGAUACGCGGCUGCCGGGAAUGCAAGGAGCUGGGGAAAACGACAAACUCACUUAAGAGAGGAGCAGCCGCGUCUAUUUCGGCGCCGAACAGCACAGGGAGUCCGCCUCAGGGGAGGGCUGGCGAGCCUGCACGACCUACCCGGGACACAAUGGAUGUCCUGGCGUUCCAAGACGGAUCGCGGGCCAUGAUGCUGCCUACGUUGUCACAAGACAGCUCCGGUUCCAGUCCAGCGACUGCGAGCUAUGAAGCUGAUUUGGCGUCGAUACAGCCUUCUCAUACUUUGCACGGUGUCGGUGCUGGGCACGACUUACAUGGACAGCAUCACUUGCUGCCUCCACACCAGCAACACCAAUACCAACCCAUCGACCCGCAAAUGAUUGACCAACCUGGCUCUGACGUCAAUUUUGAUCAAUAUCGCGAUGAUAGCCAUGUCGCAGACUUUCAAGCACUGCUCGACGCGACCGAGGACACCAGCACGGACAACGACACAGCAGCCGACGCAGAAGCCGCCGCGGCCGCCGUGGAUCGAGACCUGGACAUGCUGAUAGAACACGACGCGGACGGUGAUGGCGCAGCAGAUACCAAGAGGAACGAGAAGGACGAGACUGGGCUGUACGAUUGGGAUGCGAGAUGAUAACACACGAUAC